UAUGCAAAUCUCCUGGGAACUCCGCCGCCUAAGCACUGGAGGUAAAAGCCAGGGUUGGGAGAGGAUGCGCAGCUCUAUUCAUCCCUAAGGACCCUGCACCUGUCGCUCAGCACUUGCUAGCCAAUCAGAACCUCCGAGAGCCUGGCCAAUCAGGAGAGGCCGCUAGGAGGGAGGCGGGGAUUCCUUUCCUCUGGCAGCCGUUUCCGUGAGAGCCAGCCCCGGGGCCGGGAGGUCCACCGUGAGUGCAGCAGCUCGAAGCGGUGAAGCGAGCGGCCGGAGCCGGAACCUGGAAGCCGGAAGCCGGCCAUGGUGAACGUCAGACCGGCUGUACCCAGACAGGAGCAGCUGCCGCUGGAGCCGCCGGAACGGGCUGGCAUGCCGCCGCUGAUCGUCCCCCGAACUUGCGGCAGGGUGGGGGGAGUCCAUAAUGGCAAAGAAGGCAGGACAACAAAUGGCUAGAGCUGGAAGCUGCCUGCUCACAUCACAUCGGCACAUCAGGAAGCAGAGUGAACUGACCUAGUGACCUUUGAGGAUGUGACUGUGAACUUCACCCGGGAAGAGUGGGCUUUGCUGGAUUCUACUCAGAAGUGUCUUUACAGAGAUGUAAUGCUGGAAACCUACAGGAACCUCACUUGUGUGGGAAACAAAUGGGAAGACCAAAGCAUUGAAAACCAGUCCAAGAAUCCUCAGAGAAAUCUAAGGCAUGAAAGAACUCAUAUUGGUGAACAACUCUAUGAAUGUGAAGAAUGUGCAAAAGCCUUCAGAUGUCUCAGUGAUCUUCAAGUACAUAAAAGAAAGCAUAGUGGAGGAAAACUCUAUGAAUGUGGACUCUGUGUUAAGUCUUUCAUUUCUCCCUGUUUACUUAAAGUGCAUGAAGCAUCUCAUACUGGACAGAAGUCUUACAAAUGUAAGAUAUGCACUAAAGACUUUAUUAAUCCCCUUUUACUUAAAAUGCAUAAAAAAUCACAUACUGGGAAGAAGAUGUAUGCCUGUAACCAAUGUGGUAGAGCUUUGGAUAGUCGCCAUUCCUUGCUAGAACAUAAAACAACUCAUAAUGGGGAAAAGGCUUAUGAAUGCAAACAAUGUGGUAAGUCUUUCACUUGCUCCUCUGUACUUAGAAUGCAUGAAAAAUUUCAUACUUUGGAAAAACCCUAUGCUUGUAAACAGUGUGGUGAAGCCUUCAGAAGUAGCAAUUCCCUUCAGAAACAUAAAAUAACUCAUAUUCCAGAAAAUCCCUAUACCUGUAAACAAUGUGGUAAGGCUUUCAUUUAUCCAUCUCUACUUAAAACUCAUGAAAGUUCUCAUACCGUGGAAAAACCAUAUGCCUGUAAACAGUGUGGUGAAUACUUCAAAAAUCGCUAUUCCCUUGAGAAACAUAGAAUAACUCAUACUGGGAAAAAGCCUCAUGAGUGUAAAUACUGUGGCAAGACUUUCAUAUAUCCCUCUGAACGUAAAAAGCAUGAAAGAUCUCAUACUGGGGAAAGACCCUAUACUUGUAAACAAUGUGGUAAAGCCUUCCUAAGGAGCAAUUCCCUUCAAAAGCAUAGAAGAACUCAUACUGGGGAAAAACCCUAUGCCUGUAAGCAAUGUGGUAAGGCUUUCAUUUAUCCCUGUUUACUUAAAACACAUGAAAGAUCUCAUACUGGGGAAAAACCUUAUGCCUGUAAACAAUGUGGUAAAGCCUUUAUUUGUUCCUAUUCACUUAAAGUUCAUGAAAGAUCUCAUUCUGGCAAAAAACCCUAUGCCUCUAAAUAAUAUGGUAAAGCCUUCUUUUCUCCCUAUUUAUUUGAAAUUCAUGAAAGAUACCAUUCUAUGCUUCUAAACAAUGUGGUAAGUCUUUCAUUUACCCUUCUUUACUGCAAAUGCAUAAAAGAACUCAUUUAAAAAAAUUCUAUGCAUAUAAAUAAUACGGGAAAGUCUUCGACUAUAAGGUUUUACUGCAAUUACGUAAUUCAUGCUGGAGAAAAACCACAGGAAUUUAAAUAGUGCGGCAAAACCUUCAGAUUUAUAGGAUCCCUUUAAUUCCAUAAAACAACUUAUUUUAAAGAAAAACUGUAUAAAUGUAAACAAUAAUAGAUCGUAUGGUAUAUUCUAUUCUAAACUUCACAGAUGUCUAUAUUUUACUGAGUAGUAAAUGUAGUAAUGCUGAUAAACUUUUGCAUAUCAAAGAUACAAAAGGAUUGGUGCAUAUAUGUGUAAGGAUAUGGGAGAAAGACUGUUACACCUCUGGGGGCAUGUACCAUGAGCACAACUUUCAGACCUACAUGUUGUUCUGAAUGAUUCAGCAAAUGUAAAGGUGUAGGGCAUAACUACAUUACUGUAGAUUUUAAGUACUGUAAACUUAUACUAAAUUUAUAAAGAAUUUUUUUUUAUCAAAGUACUUGCUUAUUACUUUUUGUUUUGUUUUG